GGGAAGCCGCCGACAGGCUGGGCUUGGAUUUAUAUCCUCCAGCAUCUCGCGCUUGUUAUUGUCACUGCAGCUGCGGCUCUCGGGCGGAGCGCUCCGCUUGGCGAGGCGGCGAACGGUCUUUCUCCUCCUCUGCCUGCUUCGCGCCGGGCCUCGGCUUGCAGCCCUUUCGGAGCGCCCCCCUGCCCGCCCCCUCCAGCCCAGCCGCCUGCCCGCGAUGUCCGGCCGAGGGAAGUCCGGCGGCAAAGCGCGCGCCAAAGCCAAGUCCCGCUCGUCCCGCGCCGGCCUGCAGUUCCCGGUGGGCCGCGUGCACCGGCUGCUGCGGAAAGGCAACUACGCCGAGCGGGUGGGCGCCGGGGCGCCCGUCUACCUGGCGGCCGUGCUGGAGUACCUGUCGGCCGAGAUCCUGGAGCUGGCCGGCAACGCGGCGCGGGACAACAAGAAGACCCGCAUCAUCCCGCGGCACCUGCAGCUGGCCAUCCGCAACGACGAGGAGCUCAACAAGCUGCUGGGCGGGGUGACCAUCGCCCAGGGCGGGGUCCUGCCCAACAUCCAGGCCGUGCUGCUGCCCAAGAAGACCCAGAGCUCCAAGAAAUGAGCCCGGCCCUGUUUCCGAAGGGGAACAACAAAGAAUGGUCCGGUGAUGUGUCCCCGCCACCCUACCCGCAGGAUCCGACCCAGCGGGCACCGGACAUUUUCUCCCUUUUCUCUCUGCUUCACUUGGAGCAGCCAGCGCCGGGCAGAUCUCUUCCUCUCCGCCUCCUCUGCCUUGGCGCAGCCAUCACUGGGCCGCCUCUGCGCCUCCUCUCCUCGCUCUGGUCCUCCCUGUCCGCCUGGCGCUGCAGCCGCCGGGCUUCCCUCUCGCCCUCUCCAACCCUCUUUCUUUCCAAUGAUCUGCACCUCGCUUGGCACUCCUGCCCUCUUUCAGUCCCGGGGAUUGGUGUGGGAAGAGCAGGCUUAAAUCAUUUUUCUGUGUCGCGAGAAGGGCACCUGCUGCGGGCCUGGUGGCUGCCACCUAGUGCCCUGCAAAUUGAUUUCUGUAUUAUUAUUUUCCCUCCCUCUGUCUCUCUUCUCAUUCUCCCUCUCAUCCCCAUGAUUUAUCCCCUAAUCUACUACCCUGAAGCUGCUUAUACCUGCAGCAUCUGUGCAAUUAGCUUUUCUUUUCCCUCCCUUAAGCCACUGUUAAUUUUUUGGGAAAGGGGAUUUGGAAAGAAAGGACAGUUUUGGAACUAGAAGAAUGAUUUGUGCAUCUUGUUUUUCUUGCAUUGGGACUAACUGGAAGAACGGAAGUCAUGAAGCAAGGUGGAAGCUGCAAGCCUGCCCUAGGAAGGCAAGGGACUUGGCAGUGUGCCACCAUUUGUGACCAUAGAGGCUUUCUGCAUCCUGUCUGUGCACCUGUCAGGGAGGGAGGAUGAAGGCAGAGCCUUUCCAUUCAUUACUGUUCUGCACAAAUAUUCCGUCUACUCUCUUAAAACUGCUCUGUCACGGAGCUCAAUACAGUGAUGGAUCUAUCUACCUGUUGUUGCUGCACAUCCCCAUUCAAUGUGAUCACAAACUUAAUAAAAUGUUGGAGGGGGGAGGGGAGAAAAGGAAGCUGCCAGAAAAACCGUAAUGUGAAAAGAGCCACUACUCUUGUUGAGAGAAAUAUUCAUCUCUUCAAGUGCUAAGCUUUUUUUCUCCCCCUUCCUUGUUUGCUUUAUGAUGAGGUAUUGUGUCACUGUAUUUGUACUCCAUUCCUAAUUGUGUGCUCGUGUUAAAUUUUGAUUUUAUUGUUGUUACAAACCUUUUUUUAAAGAAAGGGGGGAUCUAGUUUAUGAAGUUAACAGCCUUGGGCUGGAGGCAAACAGUAGUGUGUGUGUGUGUGUGAGAGAGAGAGAGAGAGAGAGGAAGGUUAUUGGACAGUGUCUUCAGUUUCCUAAGGUAUACACAUCUUGUCCUACUGUCACUUCUGGCCAAACAUGCUUGGGGUAGGGUUUUGAAUGACGUGAAUCAUUUGGGCCAGACACAAAAGUGAGAUGAGUGCACAGGCCAAGAACAGUAAUUGUCUUUCAGACCAACUCUUCAGAGAGGGAGGGCUCCUAUUAUCUGUCUCUAGCCUUGAUUGGUGCUGCAUUCAGAUCUUCUGAAUGCGCUUAGCAGCUUAGCUGGAACCUCAUUUUAAGCAAGAGUUCUUGGAUUUAGGUCGUAUUUUUGUCCUGUUGACGUCAGCAGAGCUAAAAUCAAAAGUAUUUUAGUAUAAUGGCUUUUGUGGUUUUUCAGCCUAAGUGAUGGUAGGUCUGGAGGUGCCUGAAGCUUCCUUGAGACAGAAGCAAUUGCGUUGUGUUGUCUGUUCUGUCCCCCAUUCCCUUUUGGAUUAUUAAUUCUGUUAUAGACCUUUCCCCAACGAUGGAGAUUUGGCAUUCUGUAUCUUUGUUUUGCACUUUAAGACUAUACACAGUUUUUUUCCUGUUCAGAAUUUCACGCCUGGUGCAUAAAAUAGAGUGCAAUUGUGGCAUCUGUUUAAUUGUAAUCCUCAAUGGAUUAAUUUUUGGGAUUUGGGUUUUUCUAGGGGAAAAAAACUGAAUUUAUACUAGAGUAAAAUAUCUAGUUAAUGUGUUGGUUUACUAAAUUGGUGUUUGGGUAACAUAUGAGCAUGGAAGAUGGCCUAGCCAGUCCUGUGGUGCAUAGUAGCUAUGGUACUCUAGAGAUGGUAUCGGAGCCAAAUCUUGCUUGCUUGCCUAGGUGAAAAGUUUAUAGAACCACGUGCAUGCAGCAGUGUCUAGGCUAUUGAGCAAGUAGAACUUGUAAUAUUUAUGGGCAACUGUGUAUGUGCUGUCAAGUAGCAUGUGUUCAACCUAUCAAGUGAGGUGUAAAUCUGUGGAUGAAGUAUUGUCUUGCUCUGGUUCGACAAAUAACGCAUAGGUUAGUGGAACUUGGAUGCUUUAAUACCUGGGUAAUGAAGGUGGUUCGUUCACUCCUUAGUGAUACCGGAGAGGUAGAACCUCUGCUCCUGUCUGAUUUGUCUUACCUAUCUCCCACUGCAGACCCAGGAAAAAAAGACCCAUUGUUUCUAAGUUGCUAUCUCAUUCCUCUGGCACUGGACCAGUGUAAGGCUCUUGCUUUCUUCUAGAAUGAACAUGAAUUGCAUAAUUGUGGGGAAGAGAUUGUUUAAAUGCAAAUAACUACUGAAAAAUAGGAAAUGAGAGUUUGUGUUUUUCUGUCUUUUAUUAUUUCAAGAUCAGUAUUUUGUGUUCUGUCAAAAGACUGCUUUGUAUUUAUUAGAAAAUGCAGAACUUGUGAUACUGGAAAAGUGCAAAACCAAUAUUCUUAUUAAACCGAUUCAGUCUUGAA